CCAUUAUCCAAGUGGUUCGCUCGUGAAAGGUUGACCAUUAGCUUUACCUUCCAUUCUUUCAUUUGAAUUUCGCUCCCAUUUAGCUACACCUGAAAAAGAAUCUCUUCAUCUCUGAAGUUUUAACUUUACAUUCCGCUCUCUUUUUGUCUCUGCAUUCGCAUUUUUUCUAGUACUAUUGAAGAGGAAGAGAUUAAAUCAAGGAAGAUCAUAUCCCUAUUCCCGCCUUUAUUUUAGCAAUUAACAAACCAUGCAAAGCCCCUCAGAGAAGAAAGCCGGCGUCUACACUUACAUAGGUCAAUGGCAAAUUUACUCCGUAGCUUGGUCUGUUCGCAAUGACAAAAGAUCACGCCUUGCCAUUGGCAGUUUUCUUGAAGACUAUAGCAACAAGGUCGAACUCGUUCAGUUCAACCUUGACACAUCCGAUUUCACCACGGACAGUCGCCUGAUUUUUGACCACCCUUACGCUCCCACAAAUCUAAUGUUCUUCCCUUCCGAGGAUACCUCAUAUCCUGACAUGAUUGCCACGUCCGGGGAUUACCUUCGUCUUUGGGAAAUCCAUGAUGACCACAUCAAGCUUAAGGCCUUGUUUAAUGGCAACAAGACUAGUGAAUUCAAUUCUGCCAUAACUUCUUUCGAUUGGGCUGAUUUUGACACUCGUCGCGUGGCUACCUCUAGUGUGGACACUACUUGUACCAUUUGGGAUAUAGAGAGGGAAGCUGUAGACACCCAACUAGUCGCGCACGAUAAGGAAGUGUUUGAUAUUUCUUGGGGUGGAUUCAAUGUGUUUGCUUCAGUGUCCGGAGAUGGUUCCAUAAGAGUUUUUGACUUAAGGGACAAAGAGAGAUCAACAAUAAUUUAUGAAAAUCCUGUUCCGGAAACUCCCUUGUUGAGGCUAGAAUGGAACAAGGCUGACCCCAGGUUCAUGGCCACUGUAGGAAUGGACAGCAGUAAAAUUGUAAUAGUUGACAUUCGGUUUCCAACUACACCUUUGACGGAAUUAUGUAAGCAUAAGGGGAGUGUGAAUGCCAUUUCAUGGGCUCCAUUCAUUGGAAAGCAGCUGUGUUCUGCUGGGGACGAUUCAAAGGCUCUAAUAUGGGAGGUGGUGGGCUCAAACUUUCGAUCUGAAAAUGGAGGAGACAUGGAACCAGAGAUGUGGUAUGGAGCAGCAGCUGAGAUCAAUCAUGCUCGGUGGUCUCCUGUUGAAUUAGACUGGAUUGCUAUUACUUUCCUGAAUAAAUUGCAGCUCUUGAAGGUUUAGGGAAAUUUCUUACUUAGCGUAUAUUAAGGAAAGUAGCUAGUCAGGUGAGUAGGAGUCAUAUAUAUGUAACUUGAAUUAUUAUGAAAAAAUCGGAGAUUGGAUUAGUAUCUGUUAGAUAAGGAACUAAAGGAUGCUAUUUUCGAAUUUCCCCUUUUUGUUUAACUUAAGCUUCCUAGUCCCAGCUACUAAGUUUUUAUUAAUCAUGAUUUUUCUACCACAAGAAAGGCAAACAAAAGGGAAAAAAAACGAAAAAAGCCAAUGAAAUCUAGUAGAUCCAUGGAGUUGAGAU